AUGAUGAUGAUUCUUUGUGUUUCUGCAUCUGGAUCUGCUCUUCUGCUCUGUUUUAUGAUCUACUGCAGAUCUCCUACUAAAGGUUUUUUUAUCCAGCAAAAUUAUAAACUUUUUUUUUAUGUGGGAUAUUCGGUGGUUUUGCCCUGUCAUGUUGACAAACACAUAUUAAUGAAAAUACAGAAGGUGGAAUGGAGACAGAAAAAAACAAAGACUCUGAUUCAUCUUUAUGAGGAUGGUGAAAGCCAAGCAAAGGAUCAUAAUGAAGAUUAUCAUCACAGAGCUCAUUUCUUUACAGAGGAGAUUCAACAUGGAAACUUCUCCCUCCGUCUGGACAAUCUGAGAGCUGAAGAUGCUGGAGAAUACACAUGUACAGUUUACAGUGACCAGUUUACAGUGGCUUGGACAACAGAGAUAAAACUGGCACCAGAGUUUAUAGUGAAAGGCUCCUGUGAUCUUCAAACAGUUCCCCUGGGAAGUUCAGUGGUUUUGCCCUGUCAGGUUGACAAACACUUGUUAAAGAAAAGCCUGGAGGUGGAAUGGAGAAGAGCAGACUCAGAGACUCUGGUUCAUCUGUAUCGAGAUGGUGAGAGUCAACCAAAGAAACAGAAUCAAGAUUAUCAUGAUAGAGCUCAUUUCAUUACUGAGGAGAUUCAACAUGGAAACUUCUCCCUCCGUCUGGACAAUCUAACAGCUCAAGAUGAAGGAGAAUACAGAUGUAGAGUUUACAAUGGCCAGAUGUGUGUGCAUUCAGCAAAGGCCGAGGUAGUGGUACCAGGAUUCUUUGUUGAAUACACUCAUCAGACACUUUCUCCUCUGGGAUCUUCAGUGGUUUUGCCCUGUUACGUUGGUAAAGCUUUACCAGUGGAGUAUCUGGAGGUGGAAUGGAGAAGAGCAGACACAGAGACUCUGAUUCAUCUGUAUCAAGAUGGUGAGAGUCGACCAGAGGUCCAGCAGCAGGAUUAUCAUGAUAGAGCUCAUUUCUUUACUGAGGAGAUUCAACAUGGAAACUUCUCCCUCCUUCUGGAUAAUCUGACAGCUCAAGAUGAAGGAGAAUAUACAUGUUCAGUUUACAGUGACCAGAACUACAUGUUUUCAGUUCAGAAGCAUUUGGUACUGAGACUACUAGAAAAUUCCCUGAGGAUGGCACGGCUCCUCCUGCAUCUAAAAACCGACGUCCAGUGCAUCAGCACUAGGCAGAGCACAUCAAUAGAGUCCACAGUCUUAACUCGGGACCACCGGCCUUCCUGCAACGCCGCUACACCAGGAGUUCUUCCCAGAUUCAGCAGCCGCUAG